UAUAUAAGCAUUGAAGCACUGCCAUACCUCAGAAUAACGCAAGAACUACUGGUGAACAACGAAUCUGUAUAUAUCUGUCUAUUCUUUAACAAUCCAGAUACACACUUGGAUUACAAUCAUGACACUGGAACUAGAAGAUAUCUUUGGACAGGAGAGCGCACUCGACGCCACAGAUAGAGUGCAAAGUGCAGGCACAGCCCUGGAGGAGUUGUUGGUGUCUGCAAAGAAGCAGGACUACCUUACCGUUGGAGUCUAUGAGUCUGCCAAAAUUAUGAAUGUUGAUCCAGACAAUGUGGCAUUCUGCGUUCUGGCGACAGACGAGGAGUACGAAUGCGACAUCGCUCUCCAGAUCCACUUCACCCUCAUCCAGGCUUUCUGUUUCGAUAACGGCAUAAACGUGGUACGCGUUAACGAUAUCGAGCGCCUGGCUGAACUCGUGGGCACAGAAGAGGCCGGCGAACCCAAGGACGCACAUUGCAUUCUUGUCACGAGCCCUGGUGCUGAGUCAUGGAAAGACCCUGCUCUGGACAAACUGCAUCUGUUUUGUGAGGAGAGCCGCAGCGUGUAUGACUGGGUUCCCACCAUCACUCUCCCUGAACGCUGAACAACCAACCCUCUGCAUGCUUCAUUUGUUGAUGAUGAAGAUGAUGAAGAGAGCAUAAAAUGACCGCAACCUCAGGGUUUGAAGUCUGCCUAUUGGAAUACACGGCUGUGGCUGUAACCCAGGACUCACUGUGCAGUCUGGGAUGGCAGUGCAGUUUCUGGAUUACCCUGUGGAGGGGUCAGGGCUCACAUGUGGACUGGCUCAGGUGUAUGUGGACUGGGUCCAUGUCAUGUCAUUAAAGCCUGGACCAGGGUGAGGAGUUGAACUGGACUGGACUCUGCAGUACAUAGAUCAUGAUCCUAUAGCUGCUCUGACAAGGGCCAAUGGUAAGGGGUGAACUGAGGAGAUGGUCAGAGAAAGAAAGAGAAGGGAGAAGAAACGGAUGAGUGAAAAUGUGUAACAUGACUGGAUGUAAGGUGGUGGCACAAAGACACGUGAAAGAAGGUGAAUAACACAAGAGAAAGGAAAAUAUUGGACUUUUCUAAAGCCAAUGGGCAAUGCUCGGAUUGAAACUCAAACAUUCACUUUCUUAUCAGUAUUAUUUUCUUUAUUAUUUUUGCUGUCAAAUGAUGGAAAAACACAUGCAACGUUGUUCUGUUCGUUAUGAAACUGUAAAAGCAUUUUACACAAUUUCUUAAUAAAUGCUUUAAACUUUA